AUGUCGUCCAAAAGUGUGAUUAGGAGUCAACAGCAGCAUAAAGUGUUCAUUGCCAGUUCUGACGACUCAAAAAUAUGUGUUGUCAUGGUGGGCCUUCCGGCUCGAGGCAAGAGUCUCAUCGCCGGCAAGGCAAUGCGUUAUCUUGGCUGGGUGGGCAUUCCCGCGCGAGUUUUCAACGUGGGUGGGUAUCGCCGAUUCAACACUCCUCAGCCUGCUGCCACGUUCUUUGAUCCUCACAAUGAGGAAGGCGAGCGCAUGCGUCGCGCGGCGGCCGAGGCUGCCAUGUCAGACAUGAUCCAGUGGUUCAACACCGGAAAGGGUGUUGUGGCCAUUCUGGACGCCACCAACUCGACCAAAGAGCGUCGCAACUGGAUCUAUGAGAAAUGUCAUGAAGCGGAUAUCGAAGCCCUCUUUGUAGAGUCGAUUUGCGAUGAUGAAGACUUGAUUAUGACCAACAUCAAGGAAGUAAAGACCACAUCUCCGGAUUAUAAGGGUCAAGAUCCUGAAGCUGCGGCUUUGGAUUUCCGCAAUCGCAUUCGCAAUUAUGAAAAGGCUUAUGAAACGAUUGACGACAAUGAGAAGCAUUACACCUAUGUCAAGCUCAUCAACGUGGGAUCAACGGUGAUUAUCAACCAGAUCAAGGAUUAUCUAUCUAGUCGACUGGUCUAUUAUAUUCAGAACCUUCACAUCAAGCCUCGAUCAAUUUGGCUGUCAAGGCACGGCGAGUCCGAGUUCAACCUGACGGGUAAAAUCGGUGGAGAUUCUAAUAUCUCCGAGCGAGGUGAAGCCUAUGCCCGCGCACUCCCUGACCUCAUGCGCAAGUCCGGUGUCCCUCCCAACACCAAGAUUGUCAUCUGGACCUCCACCCUGCGCCGCACCAUUCAGACAGCCCGUCACCUCAAAGCAGACACAGACUAUGAGAAACUGGAAUGGAAAGCUCUGGACGAGCUUGACUCGGGUGUUUGCGAUGGUUUGACGUAUGAGGAAAUUGCCGAGAAGUACCCCGAAGACUUCGCUGCCAGAGAUGAGGACAAAUACAACUACCGUUAUCGCGGCGGCGAGUCCUACCGCGACGUUGUCAUUCGUCUGGAACCCAUCAUCAUGGAACUGGAGCGCAGCGAGAACGUUAUUAUUGUUACCCACCAAGCCGUGCUCCGUUGUAUUUACGCCUACUUCAUGAAUGUGGCUCAGGAACAGAGUCCGUGGAUGGAGGUGCCGUUGCACACUCUCAUCAAGCUCACGCCCCGUGCAUACGGCACCGAGGAGCAACGAUUCAAGGCCGAUAUCCCUGCUGUUUCCACCUGGCGUGGUAAGGGUACAUCUGCCAAGCAUCAAGAUUUCCCUGCCGCGGGCAAGGAGGGCACAGAGGGUCAGCAUUAA